CGACACGCUCGACAAAUUCUUGGACGCUGCCUUUCCAAUGACGCAUCGGUGCGCUGGAGCCCGCUCGGCGAAGUCGACAACGUCCACGUCUACGAAGGCGAGAUGCCCGGGCUCAAGCUCGACCGCCACACUCUGCCGUACCGUGCGAUUGGCCGCGUCCAGGCGACGCUGCCCGAGGUCGCGGGGCUGCACAACUUUGACACCCGCGACAAGUGCCUCGAGUACAUUUACGAAUACGCCGGCGACAUUAUGGACAUGAUGCCGCUCUACACGCUCGCGUCGAGCGACGACGGCAUGCACCGCAUGUACCUCAAGUGGGUCGCGUGCGCGACGCCGGUACCGGUUGUCCGGGACCGCGAUUUCGUCUUCCUCGAGACGCAAGAUGCGUUUGAACGGGACGGACGACGGGGCUGGGCCUUUUGCCAGUACUCGGUCGACUUGGCGUGCUGUCCAUCCCUCAAAGACACGGAAAUGAACCUCGUGCGGGGCACUCUCAACUACACGGGCGCCGUCUUUCUCGAGACGGACGAGCCCGGUGUCCUCGACGUCAUUUACCACGUCGCGACCAAUUUUAAGGGCCACAUUCCCGUGCUCUUGCGCAAGAUUCACAUUCGCCACCGCGCCGCGCGCAAGAUCUUGAGCAUCCAAGACUAUCUCCAGCGCCGACGGAACUACACUGGUGUGCGCUCGUCGCUGCUUGACCCGUCGCGCUGCGCCGUGUGCGCCCACAGCAGCACCCGCUUCCAGCGCCUCCGUGCCUGCCACGGCUGCCACCUGCCCGUGUGUGCGCAUUGCAGUCGCAAAUGGAGCCGCCACGGCGCACCAAGCGUCCGCGUCUGCCAACUUUGCUCGGCCGGUGCACGCCAAGGCCUCAUCUCGUCCAUGCGCAGCACGUCGUCGGGUCGAACCUUCUCGUCGUCGUCGUCGUCGUCGUCAUCGAUGUCGUCGGGCAUCAGGUCGCCCCGCCACACGAUGGUUGGGCGCAGCACUGAAAUGGACUUGUCGUAUCUGAACCUCUACCGCAACAUUCCCGAAGAAGCUAGCGGCGGCGUCUCGCCAGUCUCUUCGUCGUGCGUCAUGUCGUUGGACGUGGGCGCUUGGGACGACGACGACGACGUUGUCUCGGCUACGAUGCGGUCUGAAGCCGAUCUCAAUGCCGACUCGCACGUCGGCUUUCGCGACGUCCUAAGUCGCCUCACGAGCAAGCUUGCCCGCGUGCAUUGA